ACUCACUCCUUUGUCUGAGUGAUAUUUCUGCAGAAAGCCACGUCUUUCCACCGUGUAGGAGUGGACACAAUAAUCAUACGAUGCUGCUACUGACGAUGCGAGCGCAGUUCUAAUGGAAUGAAUGAAUUCGCUUCAGAACGGCAGCGUCCUCCAUUGCAUCAUUUCACAAAUCUCACCAGGAUAAAAUCAAUGACCGGACAAGACAAGACAUCCCACAACAGGACGCGUCUAAAAAAACCGACGGAACACAGCGGAGCCGUAGAUAGGGGCUUCUCUGGACCAAUAAGGUGGCAUGGCUGGCCUGUCGUUCUGUGGCAACAAUGUGACCAAGAAUGCCUACAGUGUGGAUACGGGGAUGUUGAACAAUGGCUGCUUCGUGGACGCCCUCAACCUGGUCCCUCACGUCUUCCUGCUGUUCAUCACCUUCCCUAUCCUCUUCAUUGGCUGGGGCAGUCAGAGCUCUAAGGUUCAGAUCCACCAUAACACCUGGCUCCACUUCCCUGGACACAACCUGCGCUGGAUCCUCACAUUCACUCUGCUGUUUGUCCACGUCUGUGAGAUCGCUGAGGGAAUCGUCUCCAACAAACAGAUGGACACCAAUCACCUCCACCUCUUUAUGCCAGCGUUUAUGGGUUUCAUAGCAGCCACUACAUCUGUGGUGUACUACCACAACAUAGAAACCUCCAACUUCCCCAAACUACUGCUGGCUCUGUUUAUCUACUGGGUUCUGGCGUUCAUCACCAAGUCCAUCAAGCUGUGGAAGUUUGCAGAGUACGGCGUUGGAGUGUUGCACCUGAGGUUCUGUAUCACAGCCCUGCUGGUCGUUCUGUACGGACUCCUCAUGGCUGUAGAGAUCAACGUCAUCAGGGUCAGGAGGUACGUGUUCUUCGCCAACCCCCAGAAGGUAAAGCCUCCAGAGGACCUUCAGGACCUGGGAGUGAGGUUCCUCCAGCCCUUCGUCAACCUCCUCUCCAAGGCCACAUACUGGUGGAUGAACCCCCUGAUUAUAGGAGCCCAUAAAAGACCCAUUGAGCUGAAGAAGAUUGGCAAACUCCCCAUCGCCAUGAGAGCCCUCACCAACUACCUGAAGCUCAAAGACGCCUACGAGGAUCAGAGGCAGAAUGCCGAGGACCCAGAGAAGGCUCCAUCCAUCUGGCGCUCUAUGUACCGGGCGUUUGGCCGACCCAUCCUCCUCAGCAGUACCUUCCGUUACCUGGCGGAUCUGCUGGGCUUCGCCGGGCCGCUCUGCAUCUAUGGCAUCGUCGAACAUCUCAACAAAAAGCCCGUCAAGGAAGGGAGUGUGGUCCCCUAUUUCGAGGUCUACUUCAUGUCAUCCAACGAGCUGCUCCAGAAUACGUCAGUGCUGGCUGUUCUGCUGUUCCUGGCCCUGGUGCUACAGCGGACCUUCCUACAGGCCUCCUACUAUGUCACCAUAGAGACCGGCAUCAACCUCCGUGGAGCCCUGCUGGCGAUGAUCUACAACAAGAUCCUGCGUCUGUCCACCUCUAACAUGUCCAUGGGAGAGAUGACCCUGGGCCAGAUCAACAACCUGGUUGCCAUAGAAACCAACCAACUCAUGUGGUUCCUCUUCUUGUGUCCCAACCUCUGGGCCAUGCCAGUGCAGAUUGUGAUGGGCGUGAUCUUGCUGUACUACCUGCUGGGGACCAGUGCUCUGAUUGGAGCUUCGGUCAUCGUGCUGCUGGCUCCAGUCCAAUACCUGAUCGCUACCAAGCUGGCUGACACCCAGAAGAGCACCCUGGACCAGUCUACGGAACGUCUGAAGAAAACCACAGAGAUUCUGAAGGGGAUCAAGCUGCUGAAGCUGUACGCCUGGGAGAACAUCUUCUGUGACAGUGUAGAAGAUACCAGGGGCAAAGAGCUCACCAGCCUCCGCACCUUCGCCCUCUACACCUCCAUGUCUAUUUUCAUGAAUGCUGCUAUCCCCAUCGCUGCUGUGCUUGUGACGUUUGUCAGCCACGCCCUGAUCAACAAGUCCAAACCCAGCUCCUCAGAGGCCUUCGCUGCUCUGGCCCUCUUCCACAUCCUGGUUACCCCACUGUUCCUGCUCUCCACCGUGGUCCGCUUCGCAGUCAAGGCCAUGGUCAGCGUCCAGAAGCUGGGUGAGUUCCUGCAGAGCGAUGAGAUUGGCGAUGACAGCUGGAGGAACGGAGACAUGUCUGUGUCCCUAGAGGCCUGUAAGAAACACCCUGGGACGACCAAGGCUAUAAACAGGAAGCAGCCCCUGCUCUACCAGAUGGACAACUAUGAGCAGCCAGCACGCAGACCACUGCGACCUAACGAGACUGAGGACGUGGCUGUCAAGGUGAACGGUGGAUUCUUCACAUGGGGAAGCAACUUGUCAACGUUGUCCGACAUCAACAUCUGCAUUCCAACAGGUCAGCUGACCAUGAUCGUGGGCCAGGUGGGUUGUGGGAAGUCGUCCCUGUUGCUGGCCAUGCUGGGAGAGAUGCAGACCCUCAGUGGAAAGGUCUACUGGAGCAAACUGCCUGUGAGUGAGAUGCUGCACGAGGCCAACAGUUGUUUUGAGAUGGACGGGUCUUUUGAAGAAACCAGGAGUAAGAACAGGUACUCUGUGGGCUACGCUACCCAGAAGUCUUGGCUGCUGAAUGCCACCGUGGAGGAUAACAUCACGUUUGGCAGUCCCUUCAACAAACAGAGAUACAAGACUGUGAUUGAUGCCUGCUCCCUGCAGCCUGAUGUAGACCUCCUGCCCUUCGGAGACCAGACGGAGAUCGGAGAGAGGGGGAUCAACCUGAGUGGAGGCCAGAGACAGAGGAUAUGUGUGGCUCGGGCUCUCUACCAGAACACCAACAUCGUCUUCCUGGAUGACCCGUUCUCAGCGCUGGACAUCCACCUGAGUGACCACCUGAUGCAGGAGGGCAUUCUGAAGUUCCUACAGGAUGAUAAACGCACCGUGGUCCUGGUCACACACAAACUGCAGUACCUCAUCCACGCUGAUUGGAUCAUAGCCAUGAAGGAUGGCUCAGUGCUGAGGGAAGGCACUCUGAAGGAUAUUCAGACUCAUGAUGUAGAGCUGUAUGAACACUGGAAGACCCUGAUGAACAGACAGGACCAGGAACUAGAGAAGGACACUGAGAUUGAUAACUGUCAGACUGCUCUGGAGAGGAAGACCUUGAGAAGAGCUUUCUACUCCAGAGAGGCCAAGAACCAGGUCGACGAUGACGAAGAAGAGGAGGAAGAGGAGGAGGAAGAGGACGACAACAUGUCGACGACCACCAGUCGGCGCUCUAAGAUCCCGUGGAGGGUGUGCUGGCAGUACCUGUCCUCUGGUGGCUUCCUCAUGGUCUUCCUCAUGGUCUUCUCCAAGCUGCUGAAACACUCAGUCAUGGUCGCCAUCGACUACUGGCUGGCCGAAUGGACUGCUAAUGGCGAUGGCCCAGUCAAUGGGACUGCUUAUGACGAUGUCCCAGUCAAUGGGACUGCUAAUGGCGAUGUCCCAGUCAAUGGGACUGCUAAUGACGAUGCUAAUGGAUAUGCCCCAGACUUUGGAAAUGUUACAAGAGACUUUGUCAAUGCCUCUGCAGCAGCUGUCUUCUCCAAUCGGACAAACUCAGCGGCUGGUCUGCCUGACUCCUACUAUGUGCCAGUGUUUAUCAUCCUGUGUGGAGCGGGGAUAGCUCUGUGUCUGAUCACCUCUCUGACUGUGGAGUUCCUGGGUCUGUCUGCUGCUACCAAUCUGCACCACAACCUGCUCAACAAGAUCAUCCACGCACCUAUCAGAUUCUUUGACGUGACCCCCUUGGGCCAGAUCCUGAACCGUUUCUCAGCUGACACCAACAUCAUAGAUCAGCACAUCCCUCCUACCCUGGAGUCUUUGACCCGCUCCACUCUGCUCUGCCUGUCAGCCAUCGGGGUCAUAGCGUUCGUCACCCCAAGCUUCCUCAUCGCUCUGAUUCCUCUGGCUGUGUCCUUCUACUUUAUACAGAAGUACUUCCGGGUUGCCUCAAAGGACCUUCAGGACUUAGAUGACUCCACCCAGCUUCCUCUGCUGUGCCACUUCUCUGAGACUGCAGAGGGACUCACCACCAUCCGAGCAUUCAGACAUGAAUCUCGAUUCAAGCAGAAGAUGCUGGAGCUGACAGAUACCAACAACACAGCCUACCUGUUCCUCUCUGCUGCCAACCGCUGGUUGGAGGUCAGAACGGACUACCUGGGUGCUGUCAUUGUGUUAACAGCAGCAGUAGCCUCGAUAUGGAGCUCUGGCAAGAACCUUCCCUCUAGCAUGGUGGGGUUAGGCCUGACCUACGCCCUUACAGUGACCAACUACCUGAACUGGGUGGUGAGGAACCUGGCUGACUUAGAGGUCCAGAUGGCUGCUGUCAAGAAGGUCAACAGCUUCCUGAGUACAGAGUCUGAGAACUACGAAGGCUCCAUGGAUACCACCCAGGUCCCCGAGGACUGGCCCCAGCACGGAGAGAUAAAGAUCCAGGAUCUGUGUGUACGUUACGACCCUCUUCUGAAGCCUGUCCUCAAACACGUUAAUGCCUACAUCAACCCCGGACAGAAGGUGGGCAUCUGUGGACGCACAGGAAGUGGAAAGUCCUCCCUCUCUCUGGCCUUCUUCAAUAUGGUCGACGUGUUUGAAGGGCGGAUCAUCAUUGAUGGUAUAGACAUCUGUAAGCUGCCCCUCCAGACCCUGAGGUCUCGUCUGUCCAUCAUCCUCCAGGACCCGGUGCUGUUCAGCGGAUCCAUCCGGUUUAACCUGGACCCAGAGCGUACCUGUACUGAUGACAGACUGUGGGAGGCGCUAGAAAUCGCCCAGCUGAAGAACAUGGUCAAAGCCCUUUCUGGGGGACUAGACGCGGUGGUGACAGAGGGAGGGGAGAACUUCAGUGUGGGUCAGAGGCAGUUGUUCUGUCUGGCCAGAGCCUUCGUCAGGAAGAGCUCCAUCCUCAUUAUGGAUGAAGCCACUGCAUCCAUCGACAUGGCAACGGAGAAUGUCUUACAGAAGGUGGUGAUGACAGCCUUCGCCGACCGAACUGUCGUCACUAUUGCACACCUGGUGUCCUCCAUCUUGGAGGCUGAACAGGUGCUGGUGUUCUCCGCGGGGCAGCUAGUGGAGUGUGACUCUGCAGUCAACCUGCUAGCACAGCAGGACAGCCUCUUCAGUGUCUUAGUGAGGACUCACAAGUAGGCCCUGUCCCACCCUGCCUUCCAGGCCUCUACAGCCUCCCGGCAUCGUGUCCACACCAUCCUGGAAGCUGACCUGGUGAUCGUGAUGAAGCGAGGAAACAUCUUAGAGAUCGACAAACCAGAGACCCUUCUGGAGAACGAGGACGGCAUGUUCGCUUCCUUCGUCAGGGCUGACAUGUAGGCUCACACACUGUCAGCCGGCACACCAUCAGUCUAUCAAUGAAUCAGCCUCCUCAGUGUUUCCCACAAUGCUUAGGUGGGGCGCAGAGUUCCAGAUAUUAUUACCAUUAUUGACUGAAGCUCAUACUGUAGGUUUUAGACAGGAGCCAGGCCGGUUGACCACCUCCACUUGGUAAUGGUAGGGGAAACACUGCUUCCCAAAGCACCACUGAUGGCCUUCUUGUGUUGAUUAUUGGUAAUGUAUUAGUUAUUGAGUGAUUGAUUGAAUGAGUGACCUAUUAACUUGGUCGUGUAAGGAUCACAAUCGGUCGUUAAAUAUGAUUACAAUUUUACAAAGUUUUACCUAAAUGUUUUAUGUUUAAAUUAUAUAUUUAGUUACUUAUUACUUACUAUAUGAUGUAUGUAUAUGUAUAUAUUUUACACCCUUAUUCAUAGGUAAGCAAUAAGCAGGUAUAGUGUAGUAUUACUACAUUGGUACGAACACUGUAGGGUAUAUCGCUGGAGCAUUUUUAGCCUGGUGACCCUUUGUCUGUCUGAUUUGAUGCGAUGCUGACUGAAUCAUGGGACUGUGGACAUUUAGUGGUCACUGACUCCUCUUUGAAAAAGGACAGCUUUCACCCAUUGGGUGUUCUCUAAAGGACUGAAUCUUAAUGUGAAAUGUGCAGGCCUAACUUCAACUCAUACAGAACUUGUGUACUGUCAAGAUGUAUGUGAAAACUUGGAGUUACGCAUGUUGGUGUUAAGUUAAGAUCCAGCCCUAAAUGAUAAGGGAAGAUUCCGCUUUCUUCUACCAGCCAUAAGCCAGGCCAGCGUUAGUUUCUACCAUACAUGGUGCUGGCUGGUGUAAUUGGUAAGGAAAGUGGUUUCUAUUUUCAGUAUUAAACCUGGUUUCUGGGGAGCUGUGCCACUGUCCCACUGUAGUACCUGAAUAUUUAUAGUUAUUUUGCAUAUCGAACAAUGAUCAUUUUAUAUUGACUUCUUUGUAUUGUAUUAUAGCCUGAAUGACAAACUGAUUAUUGUAAGCUACACUUUGAAGAAUGUCAGUAUCUGUUUUACCGAUAUACUGCUGUGUUGUUUUGUUUGUCAGUGUAAAGCGGUUUCUCAUCUCAAGAAAUUCGUUUUUAAAUCAUUCUUCAUUCUUAUUCAAUCCCAAACUCAUGACCCAGAAUUCCUGCCCUACUUUCCUUACACCCGUGUGGUCUGUUUUCCCACUCAUGUUUUUAACUCAAGACUCCCUCUCUAUAAUCUAUGAAUGGGUAGGCGUCUUCUAGCCUGGUUGAACAAGACUGAACCAUUGUUUCGUUUAGCUUGGAUUCCAGGCUACGUACCUCAACCUCCAUACUCUCCAUUGUAUACAUUAUAAGUGAGUAGCAGCUAAGUAUAUUUAAUGUAGCUUCUGCUGUGGCGGGGGGUCCAUGUAAAGGCCAAAGG